AUUAAAUAGGUACCUGGGUGUUAGCCGACUGGUGUGAGUCGCAUCCUGGGGACAAAAUUGGCAUAAUUUACCUGAAAUGCUCUGAAUAACAAGGGGGCUUUCCAUAUAUGUAGUAUGUCAUUGAUGUCUGUAUAAGUUGUAUCAUGUACUAAUAGAAAUAAAGAUUAUUAUUAUUAUUAACUACUAGUACUACUACUACUAGUCUAUCUGUACCUCACCUAUUAAGUAUGUUUAUUUAUGUACAGGUACACAUAAAUACAAUUACUCAAAUUACCAUAUACAUAUAAGUAACAUAUGUGUAAAUUACCUAAGAAAACCCCCCAAAAAUCAAAGUUACUUAUUUCCAUGUACUCUACAAUGGCUAAUCAAUUCAAGCUUGCCUUAACACAACAAAAAGUUACCAUCACUGGCAUCAGAACAAUUACACAGCCCAGUCCUUGACAGCACUCUUUUCCCUUCCCCCCUCCUGCUAUUCUAAAGUUUAAAUAUACUCACAAUACAAAAUAUUCAUACCUUUUCUUGCACAUACAGAACACUGAAUGCAAGUUUUCCCUAGAAAAAUGCAAGUUCACUAGGAAAACUUGUAGUAUCCUUUGACAUCUCACGCAUUUGUCUCAACCUAACUAAGAAUCCCAUGCAUGUAAAAGACCCAGUAAUACUGUAUUUAACUUCCUACCAACAGGUGCUAGAACUCUUUGAUUUACCUUCUGCUUCAAGAAUAUUGUCAAAAAGUACCUCCUACCAACUUGCCGUAAUGAUUUGCUACACUCUCUCUCUACUAUCUCCUACCUCCUCUCCUUUAUAUUGCUCUUGUGUAGAGCCUUGUACAGUAGUGUGCAAAUUAAUUGGGACAGGAGUAAAUUUUGUGACUAUUUCAUACUAUGUCUUAGUCUCCGGCUUAAUUAUUGUACAUAGUUUGGGUUCAUUUCUUUUCAGAAAAGUUUGCUACCGACUUCCGGCAACCAUCCAACUGUGGUGUUACCUUGCUACAACAACUGUUGUUUUGUAAGGCUAUUCCUGCAAGCAUGAUCUAUAAGUGAAUGUGGUUGUGGCAAAUUCUCCCCUUCAAUCCAUGAUUACUGUUGAAAUUCAUGGUGGAUGUUACACCUAGGAAACACGCAAGUAUUGUAGGUCAUAUACAACAUUCUGAUUUGAGUAUCAGACAGAUCACCAAAAAUUUAAGCCUAGCAGGUCAACUGUUGGUUGGAUUUUGAAGAGAGCUGACAACACUGGUGAUUGUGGAGUGCUGCAUUGAGGAAGUUAUGGAAGAAAACACAAGACAACAAGACCUUAUGAUUACAAGGUUAUAAGAAAUAGUGUGAAGGAUCCAGAGAAAACCAGCAGAGAUCUGCAAAGAGAUUUGGUUUCAGCUGGCUUAAAUGUUGAUUCUUUAACUGUUCGAUGAAGGUUCCUUGAAGUUGGUAUAACUGCCAGAAAGCCAGUAAAGAAACUAUUAUUAACGGCUGCAGUGGGCACUCAGUCAUAAGGGAUAAACGAUAGAUGAAUGGAGAAAAGUUAUUUUCAGCUGAGGCACAUUCUGAAGUACAUGGGUACAGAUCAGUGGUAGUGAGACAGAAUGGAUACAUUUAACAAGUGCCAAAACAUCCACUUAAGAUGUUUUGGUAGUUUUACUGGUAAAGGCCCUGGAGGGCUUGUUAUUGUUGAGUGAACAAUUAACAGUGACAAAUACAAGGCAAUCCUGGCAACUCAUUUGCUUCCCAUCCUGGAUAGAGGCAUUUCUUUCAUUAUCUUGCUCCAUGCCACACUUCCAGAAAAAUGCUGACAUUCUUUGAAGAGUGGGCUAAGUGUUCUUAUUUGGCCCAGAAAUUCUCCUGACCUCAACCCUAUUGAGAUUCUGUGGGCAAUAACCAAACACAAGAUUGCAAAACAGGACUUCAAUUGUAGAGAAGCUAAUUGCUUCUGUUAUUAGGACCUGGUAUCACGUUGAUGAACUUGCCAAAAUGUGUUCAACAUUGGCCAGCUCUAUGCCAAAGCAUGUAGUAAUACUUAUAAAAGCAAAGGGUAGUCAUAUUUUUUAUUAAAUCAAUUAUCUGUCAUAUCAUUACCGUGUAUUUUUCAAAUAAACAUUAAUUUUCCAAAUAAAUGUCUUAUUUCAUCAAUAUCCCAAUUGAUAUGCACACUACUGUACUUAAAGAAGCCAUUUGUCACAAUCAUUCCACAGGUUAAGUUUACGCCUGAUCAUUAUCAUCCCUAUUCAGUGAAUCCAUACUCUUAGUUAUACUGUAUUUAAUCAGUUCCCUAAAUUUUACAGUAUGCAUAAAGAUAUUCAUCCUCAUUUGUCACAUGAACCCUUAUUAUGCAUGUUAAAUGUAAGUAAUUCUUAUACUAAAAAAUGGUUAUAAUGAUAAUCAUUAAUUUUUAAAUGGGUGCACCGGUAAAUCAGCGGAAGGUCUCGGUCAGAUGACCACAAGCUCCAAUGGCGGAUCAUCAUCUGAUUACCCGCCGUUGGAUCCUGUUUCCUGAUGCUCCUGUUUCCUGAUGAACCUUACCUAACCUAAAUGGAUCUGCUGCCUCUUCACAGUCACAAUUCAGAUACAUCAAGACAAUGGAUUUCCAAGUCUGCAGCUGUGGCAGCUUUUAUUGGCUUUUUGGUUACAAUCACAUUACCUUUCUUCCACUUUGGUAUAAUUUCACACCUUUGGGAUGAGUUCAAUUACAAAGUCGACCGACACAAGUGCACCUGUUCAUGUUGGGAUACCAUUUUUAAAGGAGUAUAUGAGAGAGGGCCAGCAGGGUAUAAGCAUGUUUACUUUAACAUCACCUCCAAUACACUCAAGAUCUGGAGUGUUACAGUCUUGGCUAUCAUACUUUUAUAUGAAACUUUCAAGAGGCUGGUCAAGAUUUAUAUUGCUGGCAAGGUACGGUGGUCCAUGUUGGUUCUCCUAGGCACCAGCAUCUAUCCUCAUUAUUACUCUUGGUGGUCGUACUUCAAUUACUGGAAUGAUGACUUCUACACCCAGUGGAACCAUCAACUGUUUUUCUCUUUCACAGAGUUGACAUCAACUAUCACUGUUGUAUAUUUAUUAGACAUGAACGUGUGUAUGUCAGCCAGACGAGCCUUGAUCAUAAUCAGCAUUGCCAUACUUCACAUCAUGACCUCGGGUUUUGAUCAGUUUGUCAGCAAUGUUGUCCAAGGAAAUGGCAUGCUUCAUCAGGUUCUGCGAGAUAUAUUUUUCAUGAUUCCUGAUAUUCUCCAUUUAUUCCUGCCAUUACUAGAACUCAAGAAACUUGCACAAUCUCAGAAUGUUCCUACAGCCUAUGUCAUAUCAAACAAAGAAUUCUUUUCUUCUGUAACAUUUGUUCUGUGUGGUUGGUUUCUUUGUUUAAUGCUUUAAUACCUUAGGAAUGUCAAAGAACAUUGUGAGAGUUUUUUUCUAAAACUCUAGUGCAUAAGUGUCACAAUAGUGUCAUUGCUCAUUUUUGUGAGCAAUUCUGGAAAGAAAACUAUUGCCACAUACUAUUUUUUUUUUUUUUUACCAAAAUAUCUGUAUAAUCCUCAUGGGUUUAGUGCUUUUGAAUUAAUAUAUUUACUAAAAGAUUUAAUUAAGUUCCAAUGUCAUUAACAUCAUUUAGUCUUUAAAAUGUACUAGCUCCAUACCUAGGUUAUUCAAGUAUAACUACUGUUACUCUGCAUUGUAUUCUGUAUUAUUUUAGUUGCAAAUUUCGGGCAAAACUCAAACUAUACUUAAAAUCUAUGUAGUUUAAGUUUUGUCUGAAAUGCUAUGCAUCCUAUGGGCCUUCAGUUUAUUUUAUGUUUUGUAUAUAUAGUAAUAUAGAAAUAAAGAUCUGUAUUUA